AUGUCAUCCGGAGUUGCUGGUUGUACUCAAAUCGCUUCAAAGAGUGUAGAGGGUCGCAUGGAGGCUCAAGUACAGCUCAUGAAGAGUCAAAUUGACUUCCUACAUGAAGCUUUGGCCGAGGUUAAGGAGGCAAACCGAGACUUGUCUCAAAUGCUUUCAAAUCAGCAAGAUAAAGCUAUGGUAAGUUUUGAGAAAAUUGCUGAAAAUUUAAGAGUCUUAUGUGAUCGUUUUGAAGUUAAACAAGUACCCUCGUAUGCUGGAAUGUUGCAAGUGUCAUUGCCUUUGUUUUAUGGUUGUCAUAGAGAAUAUGAUACUUGGGAAAAGAGCAUAGAGAAUUUGUUUGUGUUGCUUAACAUAGAGAAAGAGAGUGAGAAAAUAGCCUUAGCUAUAGGUUGUUUUCGUUCUAAUGCUUUGAAUUGGUGGAAACUAGUUUCAAAUAUCUAUUCGCAUUAUUGGUUUCGUAACUUGGAUGAUUGGAAUGAUUUGAGAAGUGCUUUGCGAGAAAGAUAUGCUGGUACUAACACCUUUGAUGAAGCAAAAGUGAAGUUGCUCAAUUGUAUAGAGGUUGAUGAUUCGAGGACGAAUCCUCUUAAAGAAGGAGGGGAUGAUGAGAAUCAUGUAGCCUUCCAUGGAGGUUCUCCUAGUGAGGGGAAUGAGUUAGUCCUUCAUUCUAGAUUUGGAAUGCCAAGUUUACUUUGCAGGCCAAUCAAGGAAGAAAGGAUGGAUCUUGACUACCUAUGUGAUAGGGAGUUGGUUCAAGAGAGCUAUGAUCAAGGUGAUGAGAAUGUCAUUAACUUUGGGGUGCAAACCAAAGGAGAUGAAGACCUCAUGGAAAUAAGUGCUGAAGAGUAUCAAGAGAGUUUGACUCUGUGUGCUCCAUGA